AUGGUGUGGGUUAAGCCCGAGCCGCUUGCCAUCGCACAGCCGCUAUGGGUCGUUGAGCUGCGCAACCCCUAUUUUGCCGUGCAACGCCGCAAAGGGCAUGGAACGAAAGGGCUAAGCUCGAUCCUCGUGGCCACACUUGAUUCGGUGUUCGACACUCGACCGGCUCCAUACAGGAUCAUCUACGAGAGUGACAACGAUGUGGAAUAUGUCGCUUUUGUCGUGGCUGUUGCGGUCCAUCGAAAAGAAAUCCUCGAGCACUGGGAAUGGUUGGGAAAGAAUCUGAUGGACACCUUGGCUUCUUUUGAUCUCGAAAAAGAUGUGCGACGAUUUGUGCAGUGCAAAAUCGAAAGUCUCGUCAAUGUGGCCAGUGAUCAUCCAAACGCAGAAGAUGCUGAUUCACUAAACAAUCGGAACGUGCUCACAAAGUUUCAACGACUCUUCCAGCUUCCUUUCGAGGAACGAUUAGUGAAUUAUUACACGUGCUGUUUAUUCGUUGGCCAUGUCCCUCUACAAGGCCAUCUCUAUCUUUCCGUCAAUUUCCUCUGCUUUUACUCAUUUAUUAUGGGCAAAAAGACAAAAAUCAAAUUGAAAUGGACGGACAUCACGAAAUUGGAACGAGUCACAACAUUGAUUUUGCCCCAAGGACUUUCUGUUACAACGCGGGACAAUCGCUACGAUUUCUCAAUGUUUUUGAACUUUGAAGACACCUACAAAUUGGCGUCUCAAUUGGCGAAUAUCGCAAUGAAACAAUUAAUUGAAGAAGAGGGCUUUUGUGAGGACACGAACUUGCGCAAAAAGGUUCUUCGAGAGACGGAGGCGAAUAAGAAGAAAAAUUCGGGAUCCUUUUUGAAGAGAGAUUUGGAUGCGAGACAAAGAUCCGAGAGCUAUCGGUGGGUU